AUGCAUCUGGAGGGCAGAGAUGGCAGGCUGGUGUCCGGCAUGUUGGAGGUGGAGCUGCAGCAGACAUCUGCUCUGACGGAGUGGCCAGAGCCCGAGGGACCAGCCCCCAGCAAGUGCAGGCUUCCUCCAGGAGCUGGCGGGGCAGACCCUCCAAGCUCCUGCCCUGGUGGGGCUGUGGGACAGAGCUGCAGCGUUCCUGCAAGACAGGAUUUUGGCUUGUCUUUCCUGAAGUGGAGGUCUCACUCUCCUUUGCCCCAGAUCUUCAGCUCCGGGUCUAAAGACCCCUGCUUUACAGAAAACACUCCUUUGCUAAGGAACUCCUCACAGGAAAAAGGGUCCCUGUGCGUGCCCGGCUUCCAGCCUGAGCGCGUCUCUGCCGAGGAUUCCUGGGACAGCAGCUCGGCGGAGUGGGAGCGCAGGUGGCCGCUGGGCGGGGAGGCGGCCGUGGCCUGCUCGGAGAAGGCCGAGCUUCUGGACAGCAGCCAAGGCUACGGCCACAGGCGGCUUCCGAGGCUGAGACAGUGUGUGCGGUGGCUGAAAGUCUCUGGCCUGUUUAUCUUUGUAGUGUUGUGUUCCAUUUUAUUCAGCCUGUAUCCAGAUCAAGGAAAGUUCUGGCAGCUGUUGGCUUUGUCACCGCUGGAAAACUACUCUGUGAACCUCAGCAGCCACGCAGACUCCACACGGCUGCAGGUGGACCUGGCGGGUGCGCUGCUGGCCAGCAGGCCGAGUCGUCCUGGGAGAGAAGAGCACAUUGUGGUGGAGGUGACCCAGGCAGAUGCUCCAGGCUCCAGGCGUCGGAGGCCACAGCAGGUCACUUACAACUGGACAAUAUUUUUAAAUCCGAGAAGAAACGAACGUUCGGUGCUGAGUAGGACCUUUGAAGUUUUGAGCAGAGAGCCUGUGUCCAUCAGCAUUUGGGCCUCCCUCCAGCAGACCAAGGCCGUUCCUCUUCUGAUGGCUCAUCAGUACCUCCCUGCAAGUGUAGAAGCUCAAGUGACCAUCGCUGCAGCCAUCCUAGCAGGCGUCUAUGUACUGAUUAUAUUUGAGAUCGUUCACAGAACCCUGGCAGCCAUGCUCGGCUCCCUUGCAGCACUGGCGGCACUGGCUGUCAUUGGCGAUAGACCCAGCCUGACCCACGUGGUGGAGUGGAUUGAUUUUGAGACCCUGGCCCUGCUGUUUGGCAUGAUGAUCUUAGUAGCCAUAUUUUCAGAAACUGGAUUUUUUGAUUAUUGUGCUGUAAAGGCAUACCGACUCUCCCGGGGGAGAGUGUGGGCCAUGAUCAUCAUGCUGUGUCUCAUUGCUGCCGUGCUCUCUGCCUUCUUGGACAACGUCACCACGAUGCUCCUCUUCACUCCUGUAACCAUAAGAUUAUGUGAGGUGCUCAACCUUGAUCCACGACAAGUCCUGAUUGCAGAAGUGAUCUUCACAAACAUCGGAGGAGCUGCCACUGCCAUUGGGGACCCACCAAAUGUCAUUAUUGUUUCCAACCAGGAGUUGAGGAAGAUGGGCCUGGAUUUUGCAGGAUUCACAGGGCACAUGUUCCUGGGGAUCAGCCUCGUCCUACUGUUCUCAUUCCCUCUCCUCAGACUCCUUUACUGGAACAGAAAGCUCUACAACAAGGAGCCCAGCGACAUUGUUGAACUGAAGCAUGAGAUUCACGUCUGGCGCCUGACGGCUCAGCGCAUCAGCCCAGCCAGUUGCGAGGAGACCGCUGUGCGCAGCCUGCUGCUGGGGAAGGUGCUGGCGCUGGAGCACCUGCUCGCCCGGAGGCUGCGCACCUUCCACAGGCAGAUCUCACAAGAAGAUAAAAAUUGGGAGACCAACAUCCAGGAGCUACAAAAAAAGCACAGGAUAUCAGACGGGGUCCUGCUCGCCAAGUGCCUGACGGUGUUGGGAUUCGUCAUCUUCACCUUCUUUCUCAAUUCCUUUGUCCCUGGCAUUCACUUGGAUCUUGGAUGGAUUGCUAUUCUGGGUGCCAUCUGGUUGCUAAUAUUAGCUGAUAUUCAUGAUUUUGAGAUAAUUCUACACAGAGUGGAAUGGGCAACUCUUCUGUUCUUUGCAGCACUCUUUGUUCUGAUGGAGGCGCUGGCACACCUCCACUUAAUAGAAUAUGUUGGAGAGCAGACUGCUUUGCUAAUAAAGAUGGUCCCAGAGGACCAGCGCCUCGUGGCUGCCAUCAUCCUGGUGGUCUGGGUCUCAGCCUUGGCUUCCUCCUUGAUUGACAACAUCCCAUUCACCGCUACAAUGAUCCCCGUGCUCCUGAACCUGAGCCAGGACCCAGAGGUCAGCCUGCCUGUGCCACCACUCAUGUACGCGCUGGCCCUUGGCGCCUGCCUGGGAGGGAAUGGAACACUGAUUGGAGCCUCAGCAAAUGUCGUGUGUGCAGGGAUUGCAGAGCAGCACGGAUACGGGUUCUCAUUCAUGGAAUUUUUCAGACUGGGCUUCCCGAUGAUGGUGGUGUCCUGUACCGUGGGGAUGUGCUACCUGCUCAUUGCUCACGUGGUGGUGGGCUGGGACUAG